AUGGCUCAAUCGUCGAAACGAAAAAAGAAUUUGAAUGACUCAGCUGAUGGCCCAGUCACGGCUCAUCAAUAUUUUUGCUCUUGCAACAAUCCGGUGAAUGAUAAUGACCAUGCAUUAGCAUGUGACGGCUACGAAAGAUGGUAUCUUAUUGGUUGUCUAAAUAUGUCUGUUGAAAUUUUUCAAGCAUUUGGGAUUUUAGCUAAAGGUAAAGUUCAUACUAAUUGGCUCUGUCCUGCAUGUGUUGUUAAUUCAAGUGUUGAAAAAGUUUCGACUCGUUGUUUACAAAUAUUAUUAUCACGUGUUGACACAAUUGAACAUAGUAUAAAUGGCAUUAAACAACAACUAGAACUAACAAUCGAAAACCUUGAGCGUGAAAAGAGGAAAAAAAUAUAA